AUGGUAUACUCCGUAGCUUCUCUUCACGGCGAGCUUGACGCCAUGAAACGCAUAAACAACUUGGCGGCAUCCACGGCCACCAAGAAGAAGAAGUGGAAGAUCGAGUCCGACGACGAGGAGCCCCCGGUGCUGGACGGGCCCCUGCCGGACAGCGACGACGAGCCGGCGGCGCCGGCGCCGAAGGCCGAGAGCAGCUCGGCGGGCACCACGGGUUCGCCGAACCCCGUGGUGUGGAUGGAGAUCGAAGUGGCGGGGAAGGCCCGGGGCCGGCUGCACUUCGAGCUCUUCCAGGACUUGGCGCCCAAGGCCGCGGCCACCUUCCGCCAGCUCUGCGCCGCUGAGGCCGAUGGCAAGACCGUGAGCUAUGCCGGGACAAGCCUAGACCUCGUGUACGCCGGCCGCUAUGUCACGGCAGGGGAUAUUGAUGCUAGCUUGUCCUUCGAGGGCGUGGAGGGGUCAUGUUCCCUGACUCACGCCAAGGCGGGCUUGCUAACGAUGCCCUUUGGCAGCGCGAGCUUCUUCGAUCCCCGCUUCCAAAUCACGCUAGGUGCUGUUUCAGAGCUGGAUGGCAAGCAGCUCAUCUUUGGCCAGCUCUUGGGCUCCCCAGGCUGCCCCCUUCAUCCGCUGCAUUGGGUGGAGGCCAUGGGCACCAGCAAUGGCACGACCCGGGAAGAGAUCCUGGUGAAGGCGUGCGGUGAAUGCAGCACCGAAGAAUGCCAGGCCUUGUUGGGCGCCAUGGUCAUGGCAGCGCAAGUGGAUCGAACGCUUGAGAGCCAGACAGAUCGCUACGGCCGAACAGGCCACAUGCAUGGCGAAUUGGAGGACGCGGUGACUCAGGACAACUUGUCCCUUGUGCUGGAGCUCACCGAAGAUCUGCUGGGCCACUUGGAGUGGGCCAGCAAGAGGACCAUGGGCACCAGCGAGCGGGAUCGAAAGGCCGGCCUUAUGGAGCAGCAGCUCAAGUGGCUGACGAAAGCGCUGCGAAAGGUGGAGUUUAAAGCAGGAGACGUGAAGGGUUAUGAGAACCGCCUGGCUUUGGGCGCGAAGAGCCAGCUGGGCCGUGCUAAGGAUUUGGAAGAGUCCCUGGUGCGGGUGUACUAGGCCGCGAGCGCUGGCGCGCGUGUGUCUACACCAUGGGGAUAAACC